AUGCCUCAUCAAAUUGAUCAGCUGCCCGUCGAUAUUCAAUCUCGCAUUUUCCACAAGCUUGAUAAGGCGGCCAAGCCCAAGAAAAGCGGCACAAAUCACUCUAUCAACGAGGUGCAUGUGGCAGCGCCAUACGUGGACCGACCAAAAUGCGUGACCGAGAAGAGAUUCAAUAACAAAGAAGCCUUGCUUCACACUCUACAACAACAUGGAAAGCAUUCCACCAAGGAUCUCAACUUCAGUGUUCGUCUCAAAGAUCUAGACAACCAAGACAGCAGCAUCGGGCCCGGCAAGCCUGGUGUCUCGACGGCAGCCCAAGAGAUGCUCAGUGGCACGCACACGCCAAACAUGGGGAAGAUCAACCUGGAGUACGAAUUCGAGCUGGGGACGUCGGGUGGAGCCGCCGGCGAGCCAGACGUCAAGGCGUUCGAGCAGUCGCGAGACGAGGAGACCCUUCUACAGCUCGAGAAGGACCAGACAUGGAGGCGCCUGCUGGCCGACACCUGGAGCGCGCUGGCCGCCAACCACACCGCCACUCACCUCUCGAUGAAGUCAUUGGUGCCAGUGUGGUCGUCGGCGUUCUACUCCACCGAGUUCCACCGGUUCCUGGCGCGGCUCGAGGGGCUCGACAUCCACGUCGCGGGGAUCAAGAACGGCCACCGCGCCAUCAACACGGUGCCGGCGUACAACGACUCGCUGCAGGCGCUGCUCAAGGUGUACUUCCUGCACGCGAGCUCCGUCCGGCGGCUCUCGCUGCACGCGUCCCAGCAGGCGCCGCUGGGCGCGAGGGGCCACUACCACAUCCCCCUGUCCCUCAAGGCGACGCAGCUCCCCGCGCUGGAGCACCUCUCCCUCAAGAACUGCUUCGCCGGGUUCGAGCUCGCGCACUUCAUCAACAGCCACGCGAAGACGCUCCACACCCUGGAGCUGCGCAACUGCUACGCCUUCCGCGGCACGCACGACGGGCCCGACUCGGGCAGCGGCAUGCAGUGGGCGCGCUUCUUCGCGCUCAUCGACAGGCCCGGCAUGGCGCUGCGCAGCCUGGUGAUAUCGGACGACCACAUCCCCCUCACGAUCGACGACCCGCGGCUGGAGACGUACGACCCCGACACGGCGAAUGAGCCUGGCGACGUGAAGAAUGUGCGGCGUGCGCAGCGGAGGGACCCCAGGAAGAGGCUGUUCCUGUACGCGUACCUGAGGGACUACUCGGGCGAGCUGUGGAUGAACAAGGACGCUAUCGUCGGGGCGUUCGAGAGUGGUGACGACCAGUUGGCGUAUGACGAGCUGAUGGCGAGGGUCGAGGGGAAUGCGGCGAGCAAGACCAUGGAGGUGGAGGACUGCAUCACCUCCAAGGGAUGUCUCCCAAGUGAUCAACGCGUGGGGGUGUUUGAACUGGCUGCAUGA